GUCCUCUAGCAGUGACAACAGAGUGACAGGAGCUGCUGAAGUCUGCAUUGGUGCCUGUCUCGCCACGUUUGAUCACAAAGAAUAGCAGGAGGAACCACAGAGGAACAAUGUUACGGCGAAAACCUUCCAAUGCCUCAGAGAAGGAGCAGGGGCAGGAGAAGGUGCAGAAGAAGAAGCUCACCCUGCAGAGGUCCAGCAGCUUCAAGGACUUCAUGAAGCCCAGGUCCCCUGUAGUGGUGGACAAGGAGUUCAACUUGGACUACACAGUGCCGGAGGAUGUGACUGUGGAGGAGGCAGUGAAGAGUGGCAGUAAGCAGGGGAAGAAGUCGUGGCGUAACGUCAUCUCACGCACCAUGACCCGUAAAACCUCCAAGAGGGUACAGAAGGCCCUGGCAGAGGAGGGGGGGGAAAGUGGUGAGGAGGGCUCCCCGUCCCCCACCACAGACUGGAUGCCAGACCUGACAGCAGGCAAUAGGACCUCCGUGUGCUCCACAGGCUCAGAGGAAACCGUCCUCAGCCCCCUCUCCCGCCAGCUCUCUGGGUGUGGGGACCGCCAGAGCCUGGACAGUGGCUAUAGCCAGAGAGACAGCAUGAGGCUGGAGGAGUCCAGUCCUCCCUACACAGGCCCCUUCUGUGGUCGCGCCCGCGUCCACACAGACUUCAUCCCCAGCCCCUACGACAUUGAGUCCCUCAAGCUCCAAAAAGGUGACAUCAUCCAGAUCAUUGAGAAGGACCCAGUGGGCACAUGGACAGGGAAGCUCAACAACAAGGUGGGCACCUUUAAGUUCAUCUACGUCAACAUCCUACCGGACGAGGCCACACCGCCCAUGAGGAAGAGGUGCUCCAACAAGAAUCGCUGCUCCACGGCCAAAAACAAGCCCCAGACCCUGGAGGAAGUUCUGGAGAGGAUCGGGCUCACCGAGCUGGGCUCUUUGCUGUCUAUGCACGGCUUCCAGAGCCUGGAGGACUUUGGCGGCCUGAAGGAGUCCCACCUCAAUGAGCUCAAUAUCACAGAUGCUGAACAACGUACCAAGAUCCUGACUGCUACUGAGCUGCUGCGUGACUCGGAUGAUGAGUCUGAGCCAGAGGAGGAGGGAAGUAGUGCUGAGGAGAAGGAUGACCUACCCAGGGACUCAGGCUGCUUCGAGAGCACAGAGAACCUGGAGGACGGGCGCCAUGAACCAGAGGGAGAGCCAGGUACGGAGCAGAAGUCUAACCAGGAGCCAGAGCAGCACCAGGUUGAGGAGGAGCAGCUGAGUUCUGUUGAGGAGCAACUGCAGGAGCUUAGAGUGGAUGAGGAGGUCUCCUGAGAACUGAAGAGAAGAGAAGCUCUGGAAUUGAUGAGAACCUUGGUUGGUUGACUGUACUGAUGGACAUUUAUCAAAAGACAAUGACAAUUGGUUGAUUGAUUCAAACCAUCAGAAUAGAGUGAUAAAGUCAGGAUUAAGCCAUAUAUACUGAGAGGGAGUUUAUUUUCAUUUGUGGCCCCCACACUUUAAAAACAAAGGGUCACAAGGCUGCAGUCGUAGCAUGAGCUUCACCAGUAACUACUGAAAAUGUUUUUGAAGAAUGCAAGACUUUUGAAAGUCUCUCUUUUUUGGGGGAAAGCUCGGUGUGGUCAAGUUGUAAAUAUGAAUUGAUUGUGCAAGUGUCAUCCUUUUCACUGAUACCAUGUCAUUUGUGCAGGUCUGAGUGGAUUUUUUAUAAACAGAGCAUUCUUAUCAUCUUUCCAGGCUACUAUUAGUUCUGACAUGGAUAUUAAGAUCUUAGUAAGGACAUACAAACUUUUAUAUUUUUCAGUGUGUUUCUGACAUGAUAUGGUCACGUAUUUCAUAUUAUUUCCAUCAAUGGAUAUGUAAGAAAUAUUACUUUUCUAACGUUUUUUUUUUUUUUUAAUCCUUUAUUCUGUCAAGUUUUCUGUUACUUUUUAAAAACAUUUUAGGUAUUUGAAUGUAAAACGUUUUGUGUUUUCCAUGUGUAAUGUUUUUUUUAGCAUGUUUUUUUCAACCGUUAUUUGGGAAAUAUCCUUGAAUAUUAAUGUUUAUGAAUUUGUGGACUGUAUAUAACUUUUAGACAUUUGACAGCACCAAAGCCAUAUCUCAUGUGUUCUGAGUUUUCACUGUAUAUUUGUGUUUACCUCUGUAUUUUGUGGUAACAUCUGUAUGUCUGUCAUAGUUGUUAGGUAGAUUUUUCUGUUAUCAAUUUGAAAUAAAACAGUUCAUAGUUAA